CUUUCUACGAGUUGGGUUGCGAUAUGGUUCGUUAGUGUAUAUCGCGCAGUAACAGGCUUCAGCCAACGGGCCGACUUUAAAGACAUCACUAUCCCAUGCACACAUCCCAGGAUUAUCCUCAUUUUUUUUGGUCAUUUAGAGCAUUUACAGAUGCAGUUCUCCACCUGCAUAGACACCUUGUAGAGACAGUCCAGUAAGUCAAUUGUUGUCACACCUCAAUCAACACCAGAGACCAGGACUACUCAUGAGCGCCAACCAACGUGAAUCCACCCACGCGCGGGCGCAGAUACACGCAUUUUCCUAGACUUUGAUCGAACUAUCAGACGCCCACCUGGUAGUGUCACCUAAAGAUCCGCGCCAUGGCUUCUCACGAAGACGCCACGCUAUUCUUUACUCUACCUCUGGAACUGCGCGAGCACAUAUACAAGGAGGUCCUUGCGUCACCAGCUCAAGGCCCAGAGCUGCUUCGAACAUGCCGAGAGAUCAAAACAGAAGCGCACAAAUUCCUCUUUCAGAGACCCAUCAACUUCCAUAGUCAAUUGUCACUGUACGAAUGGUUGGAUCAAGCACCACACAACCUUCUCCCACACGUCACCGAGGUUUCUCUCACGAUCCAGGAUGUCAAUUUCCGAACACUACUCGAACCAGAAGCUUCAAACAGUCAACCUACCACCCCGCCUCGUCUUCUGACGAGUGAGCUAUACGAAGUGGAAAUUGGCAAGCUCGAUCAGGCCCUGAAGCAGCUUCCGAAAGUCAAGACUGUUACAAUUCGAGCCCUGUCAACCCGGCAAUCUUUCCUGUACCGCGACUUCUUGGCCAAAGUUUUAGAAUUGUUAAGCUCAAUGUGUCCGACGCUGCUAGAUCUCAGAUUGGAAGGCAACAUGCACCACCAGAGCCUAAGGUUCUUGACUGGCCUACAGCAUCUGCGGUGUUUCUCCUUCGAUGGAUUUUCCUCGACGUCAGCGACUGAGACGGCGGAUAUAUUGGCGAGCCUUGAGCACCUUAGCAGCUUAACCCUCGUUUCUCAACAUGAGCUGCUCAUGCCGAGUACCUAUCUACAAAGCGGGUUCACAUCGAAGCCUCAAUCAUUCACUGGCGACGUUGUGCGUACAAUCAACCAACUCGCUUCCUUUUCGGUCAUCGAGCGCACACCAACACCUUCGACUACCUUGUUUCUUACAUCUGAGGUGCUGGCCUCACUCCAAGGACACAAGGCGCUCAACAGUCUUUCGAUCAUUCUUUCAUAUACACCGGACGACGAGACUCUCCUAUCUUUGCAAGAAUUUCUUAGGAGAUCUGACAUCCACCGGUUGGAACUCGAUUGGCCUGACUUGAAACCAGGGAUAUUGGGAGAAUACUCUUUGGUACAGGAGGAUCUCAAGACGCUCUGGGUCAGAGCACAGAGUGCGUCAGAUGCCUAUACCGCCCUCGUUCCUAUCUUCGAGAGUCGACACGAAGGAGGUCUGCCAAAUCUCAGAAAGAUCGUCCUGAUUCGUGCCAACAAGGAUGACAGCAAAUCGAGAGUUGCCUCCUCGGAUAGAAAGGAUAGUGGGAUCGGAGUUUCAGAGAACAAAAAGCUUCAUGGCGCACCUAUCGACAGAAUCUUUGACAAAGACGAACUUUGUCAAAUUAAGAGGCGAUUGCAAGUGCUGGGUAUUCAAGUUUUAUGGUGUACAGAGAGCGAAUGACUUCACCGCUUUUACCCAAGAAAUACCUCGCACGAAUGGGAAAGGAAGACAAAAGUGUCCCAUGUAGUGGAUCUGUGCUAUCAAUCAUCUUUGUUGCGUUACAGUCUGCGUCAUGCGUUUGCAUACGGUUGUCAUGCGCCUUUAAAAGGCUAAGCUGGAAAAAUGUACGACAGAUCAUUAGUCAUCCAUGUGAUCUGGUAUCAAUCAAUACUGUGUUCUGCACUCAUAUCCUG